CGAUAAAAAUCGAUAAAUCUCAGUAGGAAAUAAAAUUGCGCCAGCUUAGAAUUACAUAUUUUUAAUAUUUUUUACAACAAAUAAUGAGGAAUUCAACGCCUCCAACACACACUUUGAGUUUUCCCGAGCAAUUGGAGUGCUUUGAAUUCUGUAAUACCGAUUUUGCUAGUAAUUUAAUAGCGCUAGGUAGUAACAAGAAAAUUAUUUUGGGGCUCAUAAGUUUGCCGGAGGAAUCUGGUUGUUUUGAUUGGAAGCGUUUGAAAGACCUAUACCACGAAAGUCGUUGUGUUUCGCUAUGCUUUGCGCCGGAAACCUCCUUGUCCUUGGUGCCAAAGUCAGUUACAUUUUGCGCUGCUGGUUCAGAUUUUCGUUUGCGAAUAUUUCGUACGGAUUUGCAGAAUUCUGAUACUGUGCAAAUUUUGAAAGGUCAUACAAAUUACAUCAAUGAGGUUAUUUGGGAUUGUAAUGGAGAAUUUGUGGCAUCUGUGGGUGACGAUAACACAUGUCGCAUUUGGGAUACAAAAUCUAAUUUUGAGAACACUGUAACAUUUCAUCUAUUAUCGGCAGGAAUGUCUGUAAAAAGCCAUAUAGAGGAACCACGCAAAGUGCUUGUAGCAGAAAAAAGGGGUUUAAUACAUCUUUACAAUAUACAAACGCAAACCGCAAUAAUUUCAGUAGAAUCACAAAAAUUUCCACUCCGCUCCGUAGAUUGGUGCUCACUGAACCGCAUGUGCAUAACCGCGCUAAUAGCUGGUGACAUAGUCUCAUGGGAUUUGCGGCGGCCGACACCAAUCGACAUAAAACAAGUGCAUGAGGAUGGUGGUCAAAUUGUGCGUAUUGCGCCCAAUGCCGAAACUUUGGUGGCUAGUGUCGGACGACCGGAUGUAUCUGUGAAAGUUUUCACUGCCAAAUCGAGAAUACCUUUGGUCGAUGCUACGCUAAAACUGUAUGGCGGCUUAUCGUGGCAUCAUCGCUUGCCUUACAUAGGUGUGGCAACGGAUAGGAAAUUAUGUCUAUGGAAGUUACAAGUUAAAUAAAAAAAAUUACGGUUGUUUUUGAUUUAUAAA